GAAACCAAGUUCACUUUCUCCUGGCCGAGCAGAGAGCGCUCUGUGGGUGGAGGGGCGAGGGGAGCAGGGCAGAUGAUGGCCCUGGGCCUCCUCUUCCUCGCUGUGCUGGCCACCCUCGUCUCCUGCCAGGACCCAGAAGGGGAGCUGGACACUUACUGGUCCGGCACGGCACCCAUCUGCCUGGGGGGCUGCAAGGGGAGGCACAAGGAGCUCAAGAGGAGCCAGUGUGGCAACGGCAGCUGCUGCUGGCUGGGCUACAAAUCCUUCUGCAGAGUGAACUGCGGGCGGCCCGAGGCGGAUUUUAACUCGGUGGUGCACGGCAAUGACUGGUGGGUGGGCUCCGUGGUGCGCUACAGCUGCCGGCCCGGCUUCCUGCUGCUGGGGGACCCCGCCAGCGCCUGCCAGUCCGAUGGCCGCUGGACCCCCAAGCCCUCCUGCCUCCGGAUCUGCCUGCGCGGCCGCAUCGAGAUCAGCGAGCGGGACAUCACGGGCAAGUGCUCCUCGUCCUGCGGCAGCCAGGCGCACGUGGGAGCCUCCCUGAAGCGCGGCUGCAUCAAGAUCUCCGGCUGUGUCACCAAGCUGUCGGGCUGGCCCCGCUGGCUGCAGCGCUGUGACACCUGCGAGUGCGACUGCCACGUGCCCUGCGGUUCUUCCAGGUAGAGCUGGGCCACCCGGGGCUGUGGCCGCUGGCCCCGUGCUGGGGGAGGUUCCACCCUGCGUUCUGCUUCCCUUCAGCACGUGUGUCCAUUGCUGUGCUCCUCCCAUGAGCUCUGUCUGUCCCGAGGCUGCCAGCUGAGAGGGGAAGAGACGUUCUGGACUUACUCUUGCAGGGCUGGCUCACCCCAGGACGCUCCAGGGGCAGGGGAUGCUCUGGGUGAUCUGUGUGUGGUUCCUGCAGCUGGCCUUGGGGACAGUGGUGUCACCACCCAUUCACCUGGCUGCUCCCCAGGGGAGGCUCAGACCCUCCUGUGGGGGAGGCAGCACCUGUGCCUGUUGCAAAAUCCCUGCAGGUUGUGAUUUCUCCGUGUCAGGUAAUUGCAGGUGAGAGCUGAGAGGUGGAGCUGCCCUCUGAGCUUGCUGAGGCCAGCAGAAUGUGACAUCUGCCUGCUGUCCCCAUGCCACGGGCAGAGUGGCAUGGCCAGGGCUGCAGCAGCCCCUGCUGAGGAACCCAGUGGGUCAAACUGCCCUGCAGCCUCCCUGGGAGUGCAGAGUGGGCAAAGCUCUCAUCUCCCAGGUGGAAAAUCUUUCCUGCUGGCUGCUGGUCCUGCUCCUUCCAGG